AUGAUGGGCCUCGUUCCCGGGCGUCGACGAACAAUCUCGAAUGCCAGUAGCCGAUCCUCCGGCGAUGCCGGUCAAGCCGACACUGCCGAAGAUGAUACCCUCGUAAUCGAGCCGGAGCAGGGCAAUGUGCUCAUGCACAUCAUAUCCCAACUCCGUCCCGGUGCCGACCUCAGCCGGGUUGUUCUACCUACCUUCAUCCUAGAACCACGCAGCAUGCUGGAACGGAUAACCAACUUCAUGUGCCAUCCCGAAAUGCUUCUUCCUAUACCUCAAGUCGAAGACCCCGUCCAGCGAUUCGUUUCUGUGGUCAAAUUCUAUUUGAGUGGCUGGCAUAUCCGUCCCCCAGGUGUCAAGAAACCGCUGAAUCCUAUUCUAGGCGAGAUCUUCUCCUGCUAUUGGGACUUGCCAGACAAGACCAGGGCCUACUAUAUCUCCGAGCAGACGUCACACCAUCCUCCCAAGUCGAGCUACUUCUACAUGGUGCCUGACCACCACAUCAGGGUCGACGGGACCCUCAAACCUAGAAGCAAAUUUCUGGGCAACUCAGCGGCCAGCAUGAUGGAGGGAACGGCCAUCCUGACGCUACUCAAUAGGGGCGAAGACCCAGCCAAGGGCGAACGAUACAUUCUCACCCAGCCUAACAUGUACGCGAGGGGCAUUCUCUUUGGGAAAAUGAAGUAUGAGCUGGGAGAUCACAGCGUCGUUCGGUGCCCCGAAUUAGGACUGAUUGCGGACAUUGAUUUCAAAACGAAAGGCUGGGUUGGCGGCACGUACAAUGCAAUUGGCGGCAACAUCAGGAACGAGCAGACUGGCGAGCUCUUGUUCGAACUAUCUGGCCUAUGGAGCGACGAGAUGUUUGUCAAGAACUUGAAGACGGGACACAAGGAGAUGUUCUUCAAUGCGCGUCGCUCGGCGCCAAGCCCCCCUUCGGCUCGCCCGAUCGAGGAGCAGGAGGAACGGGAGUCGCAAAAGUUGUGGGCCAAGACUGUCCAAGCAAUAAAGGAGCGGAACCACGAGCUAGCGACCGAUGAGAAAACGAAAAUCGAAGACAUGCAACGCGAAGAAGCUGCGAAGAGAGCAAACGAGGGCGUGGAAUGGCACCCGCGCCUAUUCAGAAGGGUAAAGGGCGGCCCUGGUGGUAGGGACGAGGGCGAAGAGGACCUCGAAUGGAUCAUCAAUGCUCAAAUCGACGGGUCGACCCCUGAAAAACAGGCGGAGCAGAUAAUGGCUAUAUACCCUGUAGUCAAAGGGCAGAAGCCACACACAAGGAACGCCAUACCACCGAGGGGUUCGAGUGCGGGACCGAGUUCGCGAGACUCUCAAGCCGGCCAGCAAGACGACCUGAUCGAUUUUGGCCAAAAUGACGACGCCCCGCCCACGUCACAAACCGCGGCGAAGUCGACGACCGAGAUAGAACCAAAGAUUGACUCGCGCCACCAGAGCACCGCCGAAAUCCAAUCGAUGCUCUCUGCUACUGGAUCGCCGGCUCCGGACGGGGUCCUCCUCGAUUUCCACGAGGAUUUGAAAAAGAAUCUUCCGCGGAGCCUCAAGCGGGGCGACACUGAAGAGUCGCAUGACGAGUUUGUGGAUGCCCUAGAAUAG